AUGUAUAAAAGAAAAGCACUAGCACUAGCUCUGUUAGCACCAAGAAAGAAGAGGCUGUGGGUGCAUGAGACCCUCGUACCCAGAGAGCAGCUUGGAGAAUUCAGGCUGGUAAAGGAGCUCCGUUGUCACAGCGACCGGCUCCAGGUGUACUUUCGACUCAGCAUGGAGCAGUUCAACAGCCUGCUAAGUAGAAUACCUUGCAACUGGAGACUCCUACUGUACACCACCAUUGCCUCCAGUUACCGGGUGGGCAUCUCCACUGUGGCAGAGAUUGUGCCAGAUGUGUCCAAAGCCAUUUGGGACAGCCUGGUACAUGAAUAUCUGCCAGUACCAUCUGCUUCUGAUUGGCAGGAGAUUGCUCUUGGCUUCAAGGAGAGGUGGAACUUCCCCAAUUGUGUGGGGGCAAUGGAUGGGAAGCAUGUGGUAGUCCAAGCACCACAUAAUUCUGGUUCCCAGUAUUUUAAUUACAAGGGAACAUACUCCAUUGUACUUCUGGCGGUUGUGGAUGCAAGGUAUCUUUUUAGGGUGGUGGAUGUUGGAGCUUUUGGUCGGAGCAGUGAUGGAGGGACCCUUGCUGCCUCCACCUUUGGAGAAGCCCUGCGUGAAGGGAGGCUGGAUUUGCCUGAGGAUUCUCCUCUCCCAGGUGCUGACCACCUAGGACCCAUGCCCCAUGUUUUUGUGGGAGAUGAGGCUUUUCCCCUCAGGAGGAAUGUUUUGAGGCCCUAUCCUAGAAGAAACCUCUCCCAGCCAAAGAGGAUUUUCAACUACCGCCUCUCACGUGCCAGGAGAGUUGUUGAAAAUGCCUUUGGCAUUCUUGCUGCACAGUGGAGGAUCUACCACUGGGUAAUUGGAGUGUGCCCUGUAAAUGUGGAUGCCAUUGUCAAAGCAACAGUGGCCCUUCACAACUUCCAGAGGUGGAAUUGUCUACCAGAAGCUCCCAUCUCACAAGAAGAAGCGAAGAUCCCUUCACUUCAACCUGUGAGAAGAGUGGGAGCCAACAACUCCACCCAAGAGGCCAUAGCUGUACGGGAGGUCUUCAAAAGCUACUUCUCCUCAGCCAAUGGAGGGGCGCCCUGGCAGUACACUACAGUCUGACAUGCAACCCCCACUUGCUGCUGCUGCUCAUCCUCUUCACAAUAAAACAAAGGCUCUUUUAAGAGCCACUUACUUAGUCAUAUAAAGGGCUGGUCAAGAAGACUAUCUUUUGCAUUCAUAGUUAAAGGAAGUUAAACUAAGUUGGUAAAAGUCACUUCACAAGAAGAAUGCAGCAGGAAUUGUCUGCUGCAUUACUUUUUAAUAAUAUUAUUAAUAACAAUAGUAGUAAUAAUAAUUUUGUUGCUGAUGCACAUUACAUCUUAAUAAUCAAAAUUUAUUUUAAAAAUAAUUAACUCAUUUCUUUCAACAAUUAACAUGAACAUCAAUCAUGAACAUGAAUAAAUAACAAUAACAAUGAUAAACACUCAAGAACAAAUUUACUUUAGGAAC